CUAGCUUAGGUAUAAGUAAUAUGUUGAAACAACCUUUUGUGGUGUUUCCAUUGUUGUAAUUCCUCGGACACCACACCCACACGCGAAGCUGUGUAGCUAAAAGCGGACAGAGCAGAUGGCCGACGACAAUAUCUCCCUAACCAGUCCAGUUCACAGCGAGCCCAUGGCGUGCAGCGAGCCGCCCACCGGCGACAGAGAAGGCGCGUUCAAAGAUCUUCUCCUUGAAAUCUCCCUGAAGAUGGACAAAGAGAACGCGAACCAGCUGGCUUUUGGCGCAAGCUGCAACCUGCCCGGUACACCGUCAGCCAUUGAUGUUUUGAAGGAGUUGCGGAAACAGGGAGUCUUUUCGCCGCGCUCGUGCGCCAGUAUCAAAGCUCUACUGCGAAAGAUCAGUCGCUGGGACCUAGCCGAUUUAGUGGUGGAUUAUAUGGAGAAGUACCCAGACACUAAACGGCACGCAUCAGUUCAAGAGAGAAGGAGCAACUAUCCUAUAACUCCUAUAAAAAGGUGUGCCACAGACCCACCAGCUCUCUUUCAUCAUCACCAGCACCAUCAGUCGCACCAGCCAACCGGAAUUUUGCCAGAUAGUCCACAAGUGUGCCAGGAAGAGACAAGUGCUGGAGGAUUGGCGUCAAUUUGGUCGAGCAGCUCCGAAGUGACUGUCCCCACCACAAGCACACCGAAAACCCCUCUUUCAAGUCCCGAUCAUUCCAACAAAAGUUACCUCCAAAGCUCACCUGAACCAUUCGUACCUGAGCAGCUUUCUUACGAAACACCCCCUCCUAGUACUCGCCGGGACCCAAUCACUGCCAAGGGAGCCCAUUAUGUACCUCAUAGGUCCUCUCGAUCAGCCACUGUCAGUCGAGAAGGCAGUUUUCGCUCUCUGUACUCAUCGGCUUCAAGCUCCCAUCCGAGCUCAAGUUUUGCAGAGACGAUAUUCAAGGUGGCGAACACAGCGAUAGAUGCAAUAGCACGAGUAUCACAGCAGGGCCUAGAUGACAGGUAUGUGUCUAGCUCUAGUUUCUCAACCAAAUACUCUGGAAGGUACAACACGGAUUCCGACACGCGCUCUGUGUACUCAGAAAGCGAGGGAACUCCAGUAAGAAAGAGCAGGAGUAGCUAUCAACGUCAGCGAAGGAGAAAAUCAACACAGCACCACCAGGAUAACCCUACAGUAAAGCAACAGUAUGCAGCAAGCUCAUCGGAAAAUGAAGUGGCUGAAUUUGAAAUAAGCGAUGCACCAAGUGAUGAAGGUGCCAAUGAAGAUGAUGGGACUGUAGGUCAAAUGGAAAACUUCCCAGUUACUUACAGGAAAAAGAACCCUCAGGAAGCUAGUGCACCUCGCAGACGCUCGGCGUUAAGUUUUGAUCCAAUUCCAAGGCCGCCCAUGAUAGCUGCUGAAAACAGACGAUUCUCAUACAGUGUGGUGGAUUCCUUCAAAAGGCAAUCAGUGGCAUCAGAUGCCACGUCUGAGGCUACAAUAACACCCAGAUCAUCCCACUUUGGAAGAGGUAUGUAGAGGUCAUUGUCUCUAAGUAAACCAUUAUGAAAACAUUUGUAUGUGAUCCGUGACAUUAUAACGUGGGACUGGUAUGUGGAAAAUGUGUGGAUUGCUACAUACUGAAACUGCACUUGAACUCUUGCAGACAUGCAGGGUCAGUCACUCCUCAAAGAACGACCACCGUUGUGGAAGAAACUGCUUCGAAGCAAAACUCGCUCUUCGCCAUCCUGGAAGGUCGGCCGAAAAGAUCUUAUCAAACCAGUUUGGCUCCACCACGCUCAUGUCAACAUUACUCGACCUAACAAACUAGAACUCGACAUAAAUCAUGGAAAACACAACCCAAAACUGACGUUUCAGUUGUUUCCGUACGGUCUUCACGGAGAUAAGGGGGAGGCAGUAACGAUGGCUGUGCGGAUCGCGACACCCGAUAAAUGCCCGCCUCUGCCUCUCUCUUCAGAGAUACAACUGCAGCUGGUUGUGUGGGGUGGGGAGGGGAGGGAGAAGGAGGACGAGGUGAAGAAUUGUCCGGCAGUUCACAAGGAGCUGAGUACCACGAGUGUAUUCUACGUCUACGAAGUCAUCACACACGACCAGCUCAAGCGCUCGAAAUGCAAGCACUUCUACUUUGAGAUGAAAGUGAAAUGCAGUGGUUUAUAGUGUUAGCUAUGUAAACCCAGAAAUAUAAUCUUGUUAGCAAAAAAUUCAUGUAAGCUGGAUAGAUUCCCUUAUAAAAUCUGUGAAGGAUAACAAGUGCUUUAAAUAUGUGUGCACACAGCACAAAUAU